AUUUCUGUUGGUCGUUCGUUUUGACAGUUCAACCAAGCGCACAACAGCUAUCAAAUUACUGUUGUUGGUUUGCUACUGCUGCUGCGAUUUGAACAGCCGCAGUAUAUUGAAACACUUCACGUCAAUCAGUCUGAACGACACUUUUUUUUUGUUCAUUUGUUAUCUGCAUCUUCUUUUUGCAAAAUAAAAAUAAAAAUCGCAUCAAAUGUAAUCUCCACAAGAUAUAUACAAGUGAAGUCUGUGUGUUUUGGGUGGUUUUUCAAUUAAAUCAUUUUUUUUUUGACAACGACAACAGCGAUAUAAAUAUGAGAAAAAUGUUGCGUAUGCGCCGCAAAUUCGCAUUGAUUUUGUGUGCAUUUUGCUUUUCUGUAUUUAUUUUCAUCUAUUUUCUACUGAACCAUUCAAUUUCUAGUGUUAAGACCGAAUCGUCAAAAGACCACCAAAAUGUAGUGAAACAAACAGUACGCCCAGUGGAAGUGGACAAUCAGCGCGUAGAAAUAGGUGGUGUGCCGGUGAAUAGACCAAAACAUAGAAAUGAAAUCGAAGGCAGAGUGCCGGAGAAAAUGGCUAUCGAAGCACCAUUUCAUAGCGAUAAUCAAAAUGCACAGUGUAGCUUUCGUACCGAUAUUGAUCCAAAGCCGGAUAUUCAAAUGUUAGAUGUAUACGAAACCAUUCCGUUUGAGAAUGUCGACGGUGGACCAUGGAAACAGGGCUGGAGACUCAAUUAUGAUACACACGAAUGGAAUAGCCAUCAUAAAUUGAAAGUUUUCGUCAUUCCGCAUUCGCACAACGAUCCGGGGUGGUUGAAGACAUUCGAGGAAUACUAUGAUCAACUGACUAAAUCAAUUUUAACGAAUAUGCUUCAUCAGCUUAUGGAAAAUCCCGAUAUGACCUUCAUUUGGGCGGAAAUUUCAUACUUUUCAAAGUGGUACGAGGACUUGUCAUCGGAUGAAAAGAAAGAUGUGAAAACAUUAUUAAAGAGACGUCAAUUGGAAUUUGUUACCGGCGGUUGGGUUAUGCCUGACGAAGCCAAUUCACAUUGGUUGAGCAUUUUGCAACAAUUGACAGAAGGUCAAAGUUGGUUGAAAACCAAUUUAAAUUUCACUCCAAAAUCGUCGUGGUCAAUUGAUCCAUUCGGACAAAGUGCCGUCAUGCCACUCAUUCUGAAGGGGUCCGACUUCGAAAAUAUGCUCAUCCAGCGAACACAUUACGAAGUGAAAAAAUAUUUGGCCCAACACAAGCAACUCGAAUUUCGAUGGCGUCAACUGUGGGAUUCAUCCGGUGAAACUGAUCUAUUUGCCCAUAUGAUGCCAUUUUAUUCGUAUGAUAUACCGCACUCUUGUGGUCCUGAUCCAAAAGUUUGUUGUCAGUUCGAUUUUAAACGUUUGCCUGGCUACGGUUUGACAUGCCCUUGGCGAAUUCCUCCUCGACCAAUCGAUGACUCGAAUGUUCAGAAACGAGCCGAUCUGAUUGUGGACCAAUGGAAGAAAAAGGCAACGCUCUACAAAACCAGAACAGUUCUGUUCCCAUUGGGAGAUGAUUUCCGAUACAACCAGAACACUGAAUGGGAAGCUCAGAGGAAGAACUACGAGAAGCUUUUCGAGCAUAUCAAUAACGAACCAUCGUUGUAUGUUGAGGCUAAAUUUGGUACGUUGUCGGAGUAUUUCGAUGCCGUUCGCGCCGAGAAAAGACCAAAUGAAUUCCCAUCUUUAACCGGUGACUUCUUUACGUACGCCGAUCGAGAUAAUCACUAUUGGAGCGGCUACUUUACUUCAAGACCUUAUCACAAGCGGCUCGAUCGCAUUUUGUUGAACUACUUAAGAUCGGCAGAGAUGUUGCAUGCCUGGAGUGAUUGGAAUGACGGUGGCCAUUUGGAAGAACUAUUGCAAGGUGCUCGACGAGCUCUGUCACUGUUUCAGCAUCACGAUGGAAUCACUGGCACAGGCCGAGAUCAUGUUGUUAAGGAUUACGCAAGACAAAUGAUGGACGCACUGAAAGCGUGCAAAUUUGUUAUUCAACAAGCAGCCUAUCGCCAUUUAACCAAGCCAAGCAUCUACCAACCUGAUUACGAGUUCACCUAUUUCAAUAUCGAUGACUCACGCACAACCGGCAUUAAUGACAACCGACCAACAAUUAUUUUGGGCGAAAGUUUGCCCAUCAAAUAUGUUGUCGUCCACAACUCAUUGCCUCGGUACAGACAAGAAGUCGUGGAAUUUCACGUGUCGAAACCAUUUGUGAUGGUUGAAGAUUUAGACGGAAAUGCCAUUGAAUCUCAGGUGAUCCCUGUUUGGUCUUGGCAUAAGGGAGCAUACGGCACACUGGCACCGCAAGUAUCGACGACGAAAUAUCGAUUGCUAUUCAAAGCAAAAGUUCCUUCACUUGGCCUUUCUGUCUACAUCAUCCGUUCUACUAAUUCCGCUUCGCAGAGUCUCGGCACAACAUUCUCCAAGAUUCAAAUUUUCACCCAGUUUCCCUUCUCGGUGAAUCUGCCAGAAUACCCGAAUCAAGCGGAAUUCUCGGAACCACGCGACAUAACUCUCCGUGUUGGCAACGAAGGACUGUCGGCUGCAUUCAAUGCCAAAGGACUCCUCAAAUCAAUGUCAACUAGUGCCAAUGAGAAUUUCCCUAUUCAUUUGGAGUUUUUGAAGUACGGAGCACUUCGUGGCGCUGAAAGAAGUGGUGCCUACUUAUUCCUACCCGAUGGAAUUGCCGUUCCAAUAAAAGCACCCGGUGCAACGACGGUUUUAGUUACGACAGGCAAUUUGGAAUCUAGCGUUGCCACCGGCUUACCUUUCAUAAUACACAAAAACAUUUUUCGAAGCGGCGAAAAAGCGUUAGAGAUUCGAAAUCUGGUUGAUAUUGGAGAUUCAUCGAAUACUGAAAUCAUCAUGAGAAUGUCGACGGGAAUAGAAAGUAAAGAUGUGUUUUACUCAGAUUUGAAUGGAUUCGAGUUUAUCAAGCGUAAGCGAUUUACAAAAAUUCCGAUUCAGGCCAACUAUUAUCCGAUCCCAUCGGGAAUAUAUAUUGAAGACGAAUCGACUAGAUUGACUUUGCUUACGGCACAACCACUUGGAGGAUCAUCGCUGGCUUCGGGAGAGAUUGAAAUCAUGCAAGACAGACGUUUGGAUCAAGAUGACAAUCGUGGUCUUGGCCAAGGUGUUCAAGACAAUGUGCCAGUUUUGAACAUUUUCAAAUUGGGACUCGAGAAUGUCAGUCCCUGUGUGAAGCGUUCGGAUAAGUAUCGCGGUGGUUAUUUAACGACGACAAUGCACACAGAGAUGAAUCGUUUAUUGCAUCCAAUGGAAAAAUUGGUUUGGCAUGAGAAUGAUUGGAUCGGUGUUCAGCCACAGUCUGGUGAAGAUCGUUGGCCACUUGAGACUGGAACUGAAAUCGCCGUUUUAAGGAAUUUGAAAAAUGUUGCAACAAAUGCAAACAAAGCAUCUACCAUGGGCUUGGUCAUCAAUCGUGUGCAUUUGGAACAAUGCGAAGGCGAAGACACAAGCACAGCAACGAUUAACCUCCAUCGAACAUUGGGUAUCAAUCCAAAUGUGGAUAUAUUCAACGCCUCAUUAACCCUACUACAGAAGAAAUCGCAAAUCAAAACGUCUUCAGUAAACGUUUGCCCGAUGGAGAUCAAAGCAUUCAUCAUAAACAGAUGAUGGAAUUGAUGAAAAUGAUCCAAAUAAACAGCUCUCAUCAAAUGACUACAACUAGCAAACAAAUAGAAUGUGAAACAUUUUUAACAACCUCUUUUAAUCUGAAGUUUUCGUUUUCUGUGUAUUUUACUUUCAAUCAGGCUGAUUUGGUGUCAUACCCACUGAAAAAAAAAGAUCCUCUUCUCAAGAGAUGAGCACUUAUUGACUGAAUUGUGAUAAUUAGCCCUUUAUUUCCUCACCUUGUACAUAGAUUUGUGUCUGCACCGCUAUUUAUUUGUCAAAAACAGGAACAUGAUCCACUUAUAUUUAGUUGAGAUAAAUAUUAUAUUCAAUUCAUUGUUUCGUGUAGCGACAAUUAGACCAGGUCAAACCAAAAUUAGUUUAUUUGUAAAAAAAUUCCUUUGAGUGAAACAUUUGUGUUAAAUUAUAAGCAAUAUAACAAUUAAAAUGAGAAAAAAAACGCUGUGUCAUUUCGAUUACUUUAUUUUCAUUAUUAAUAUUCGAAUAUGACAAAAUACUGAACGCUAAAUUGGAAAGAGGUUUGAAUAACAAUAUUGACGGUAUAAAACUUCAUCUUGAAUUAUUGUUUAAAGUCAUUGAUUGAUUCGUUCAAAAAGAGUUUCUAUCGAUAAAAAAAAAGUUGGAAACGUCGACCGUUUAGUAUUUGUUGGUGUUGUGAGUGAAAAAAUGGGCAAAUAAUUGAAGUUGAUAUUAUUCCAAAAAUUUUCAGUUCGCCAAGUGUGACAUAAGGGAUACCUUCAAUAGUCCAGUUUUUUCAUUCACUGCCAAUGUAUUCAAAUCGUCCAUGAUGCAAUUUAUCUCCAAGCACAAUGGCACUCUAUCGUAUUUCUUCAACAUAUUGAAGCAUUGCGCACGUAGCGGUUCGAAUGAUUGAGAAUCAAAAUUGUCAGUGGCACAUUUGAUGUCUGCACGCAAAUUAUGGAAAUAUCGAUCUGAAAUGAUUGCGUCGUUUGAUUUCAAGCUUGAUGAUUCCAAGUGCGAUGACUGACAACGUUGACACUUGCCUGGGGAAAAGCCACAGAAGGAAAAAAAAAUUAAAAUUAAUUAACAGUUAUGACAUUAGGUUGUCAUAAGAGUAAUGAAAAUGUAAUUAAUUUGGUGAAUAAAUAAGUGAUUUGCCACUUGACACUUACACAA